AUGAGCAAUGGAGCUAGCUUCGUCAAGAGGAGCAAACCGAGAAGCUCGGCCGCUCGAAUCAGCUCCUCCUACAAUGACGAUGACGGGAAAGCCGGCCCCUCAACUAGCAGCUCGAGGCUGGCUUCAGCUAGCGAUGAUGUUUCAAGAACAUCCGAGCAAACUUCCAGGUCGACGACGCCACGCCGCACCCUAUCAACAAUUGACAUGGAAGAAGACGAAGAUGCAGGCCCGUCCAACGUCGUCUUCCGAACACGGGCGAAAGGUGCAAAGGCGACGCCAACAUCCGCAACUUCAACAAUAGUCAAAGCUCCCUCAAGGGGAGAGUGGCCAAUGGCCAGCGCAAUGGACGAAGAUAAGGAUCAAGACGACGCCGAUGCAUUUGAGAUCCGACGGUUCAAACUCAACAUCGCAGGGAAGCAUGCUCGGAAGGCCGGCACGAGCAUUGCUGCUGCCUCGUCAACAACAGAGGGUACUCCGAAGAGGCUUAUAUCGAUCCGGCCGACAUCAUUACAAGUACGCCCACCACCAGACAUCGCAGCAGCAGAAGCAACGCCCAGCAAUACUUCCAACCUGUACACAUCAAAGUACCUCGACGAGCUCCGGUCAUCCACACCCACCACUCGGUCUCGUGCACACAGCCCAACACCAACCACAUUCGGACCCGGGACACGCAUAGACGACCCCAUGGUAGCACAGACAUCCUACAUCUCCCUCGAUGACCCCACAGACGACGACGCCCUUGCACGAUCCAUGUUCCCAUCCGACUUUGCACAUGACUCCAUCCCGAGCGAAAGCGUUAUCCGAGCAGCCAAAGAGAAGCGUGCAAAGCUCCGUGCUGCUGCUCCCGCUGGAAAAGACUUCAUCUCCAUCGCUCCCAACCCCACCUCCUCCGCAUUGAAGAGCUGCAAUCGGAUGGAGGUGGACGAUGGCCCGCAUCCACAUUCGCGACUGCAGAGGGAAGAAGACGAAUUCGGCGAUGGCGAGGAAGAGUUUGCUGAAUACACGGGCGCCACCGAACGCAUUCCUAUCGGCGAGAAAGCGGAGAAGGAGUGGAAAGAAAGGCAGAGGAGGGAGAUGGAAGCAGCUGUCCGGGGUGACCUUGAUCAAGACGCUGAUGUGCCGGUAGAAGAGGAGGUGGACGAGGAUGAAGUCGAGUGGGAACGGGCACAGCUCAGCCGAACACAACCUUUUGCACAUUCGACAAGCUCGUCCAGGGCUCAAUCGAGAGAGCCAUCUCCGUUCACACCGGCAUCCAUUCCUGCUGCAACGCCGCUGCCAUCUGUUGGCACUUGCUCCACCCGUCUAGCGCUCACUCUACGAGCAUUGGAACAAAGCACCUCUGCAUCCGAAGCUGUGGUCAAGUCUACAACGAAAGAGCUCGAGACGCUGGACGAGGCUGAGAAGGAGAACAAGCUAGACGUGGUCGCGAUGGAGGAGAAAGCGAGCUGGUUUGACGAACUAGAUGAGUUUGUGGGCAGUUUGGCACGUUUUAUGGAGGAGAAGAUGGAUGAGGUGGAGGUGUUGGAGACUGAAGCGGUUGAACUCGCUGCACGAAGGACUAGGAUGUUGGGUAAGAAAAGGACGCAAUGGUUCGAAGACAAGCUGGAGCAGGGCUUGGGACUGAGGCCGAGCUCAAGCGUCGUACCUGAUUUCGCGAAAGAGCAAAACGAGGAAGAGGAAGCGAUGGACACGACUAUCGAGACUGCUCGCAACAAAGAAGUUCACGACGUCUUGCAGCUGGAUCAACUCACUCCAGCCGACGAACUCUCAUAUAGCCUCGCUCGGCAAUCAGUCCUCUCCAAGCUCCAGUACAUAUUCUCCGAAGUUCAAGCACCGGAAUACCUCCAUCCCGCAGCCACGGCCUCUACCAUUUGCUCCAAGCUCCCCUUCCUCUCCUCGUCGCAUAGGCUCGAGGAAUUUCACCCGAGAAGUGUAGUCUCCCGCUUCCAAGACUGGCGUCGACUCUACCCGGAAGAAUACUCACAGGUCUGGGGCGGACUAUCGGUAGCCCAAAUAUGGGAAUUUUACGCUCGAUGCGAGAUGAUCCCAUGGGACACCCUUCCUUCUUCUCAAGGCGAGAACGAGGCAGGGUGGAAGAGUGGCGCGGAAGCGAUAGCCCAUUUCAGCUGGUUUAAUGGUGCUUCUGACUACACAGACCAUGCGGGAGCAGAUCCGAUAGGAGGGGACGAAGAGGUGCUGUCUUCUCUCCUGAGCAAAGUGUUGGUGGAUAAAUUGAUUCAGUUGGCGAAUAAGGGGGUGUACUCGCCUUGGUCGGAAAGACAGACGAGGGAGGCAGUGGAAGCGGUGGACCUUGUGCAAACUGUACUCGGGAACGGGCAUGCGAGGUGUGUGGGUUUAAUUGAGGCGUAUCUUAGGGCCUUUGGGGUUCAGGUGAGGCGUUUGCAGGAGGUACUGAGGCCAGCAGCAGUGCAAUAUGGUCCAGGGGGAGAAGAGCAGGUAGCCAGAGAAGUUGCACAGGAGUUGGUCAAUGCUUUGUUGAAGAACCUAGUUAGGUGGUCUCGUGUCGUCAGUUUCUCUUCGACAGAGUCGGCGGCAGCAACGGUGGCAAAACUUCACCUUCAAUUGCUCGAAGAUCUGGUGAGCACCAUUCUGGAGACUUUUGGCUCACAUCCCGCACUUGCAGCAGAGGUCUGUAGCAGCGUAGUGAACGUUGUACCAAGACACGUCGCUGCGAGACUGGAGUCUCUUGCUACUCCGACGCAGACAUAG